UGUCCGGUAAGUUCCGAUGACACAGUACACCUCUGCAAUCCUGGUGUUUCCAACACCUGUGUGAUCAUGAAUAAAUGCGCCAAUUCAGUUUGCAAAAAUACAUGUGGUUUCUGGCUCUCGACCUGCAUUUUUCUUUUCUUGCUGUGCAAGUAGGUGUGUUCAGCUCAUUCAUAAAAUGUCGCUGCCAGUGAGGAUAUAUAAAGCACAGCCCUGCAGGUUACUUAUCCAUCAGGUGCGUCAGGUGCAGUCAUGCUUCGUUCUGUCAGCGCGCUCCGGCUCCUUGCGCUCCUGUUGCUGCUGAGCAUGAGUUCAGCUGUUGAAAAUAACGCCACAGAGUCCGUCAGUCCUCAGCUGGUCCCUGAAACUCAGGACCCGCCGACCGAUGAAGACACAAACCAGGCGAGGAAUAGAGGGAGACGGCCUUCUGACUCUCUGCGUGAUGGGCCAGACCAGAGCCAGGUGGGCUGCAGGGAGUUGAGGUCCACGAAGUACAUCUCUGAUGGCCAGUGCACCAGUGUCAACCCUAUCAAGGAGCUGGUGUGUGCUGGGGAGUGUCUGCCAGCUCAGCUGCUGCCCAACUGGAUUGGUAGAACUCACACUGGGAGGUACUGGAGCCGCCGCGAUGCUCAGGAGUGGCGCUGUGUUAUCGAUCGAACCAGGACCCAGCGGAUCCAGCUGCAGUGCCACGAUGGGAGCACGAGGACCUACAAGAUAACUGUGGUGACCUCCUGCAAAUGCAAGCGCUACACCAGACAGCAGAACGAUUCACGACACAAGGACACAUCUGGAAAUACUGGUAAACAGAGGAAGAAUCAGGGGAGGCCUGGACUGCUGGAGAUGAAUGCUGGGAGCGAGUCUGCUAACUGAAACCUGAUUUCACAGUUACAAAGAAAAAACCUUCAUAUUGUCACUAUAAAUGUUUUUGUAUGAACUAUAAGUGUGCAGAAUAGAUAUAAACAAAGGUGAAUAGUAUAGUGUUAUCUCCAUAUUUAGUUUAAUACAGUGAUUAGUCUGUAGACCAAAAUAUAGCUCAUUUGUUCCCAUGAAAUAUGUUUGUCAUCUGCAACAAAGAACUCGGCUGCAACUAUUCAGAAAGCAGUCUAACACCUGAGCUACAGCUGGUGACAUUUGUCUAAUCUUUCUGGAGAGAAGUGUUGUCUUAUUUUUUCCGUACAUUUUUUGAACAGCAGUGAUUUUGUCACACUGACAGUAUUCUUAUUAUUCAUACAUGUACAUGUUAUAUAUUUUAGCUAGAUGUAGAGAUUUAGAUUUGCUGUCCUUCUUUGGUUUUGCCUCAUUGUAGCAUUUAGUGUUAUCUUAGCAGGAGAGCCUCUCCUAGGAAGGGUCGUGUUUUAUGAAACUUUCUUUGUGUGGAUUGAUGGACAUCAGGUUCCAAAAGCAACAGGAAAGUGUUUUGCAGUCUCAUCCAUGUCUGCGCAUCUCUGUAACACUUCUUGUAUCGUCCUGUGAAAGUUGUUGUGAUUGAAGCAUGAUGGCUGUAAGUCAUGCUUCUCGAGGAGAGCAUACUUUGUUAGUAGUUAGUGGUUAUUUAUAAGAAAGGGACAGGGGGUGUCAACAACCUAUUCUCGACCAAAUAAUUGAAACACGUGCCUCUGUACAAUGUUUCCAGCCUUUACUGUGAAUUGUUGCUCAUUGUGUCCAAAAAUGAUAUGAAAAGUGAUAAAGUUAAAAACAAAUUUUAAAAGUAAUCAAUAAAGAAGUGGUAAUUCCAGGAUUAUAGCGUUUCAUGCAGCACCUGAGAGUCUCAGAUAUUGUUUGUAAUGUAAAGGAUGUUCUGUUAGCAGUGAAGGCACAGUGUAAUCAAAUAGUUUAUCAGUUCAGGGUUUUGGUUUGUGUUGGAAGUAUGUACAAAGAUUUUUUUUAUUUAAAAAAUAGAAAACAGUAAUCAGUUAGACAGAUAUCAUCUAUUUUGUA